AUGACCGAUCAAAGACCUAUUCAGACUCCCCAAGACGCCACCGAAUCCCAAAACCAAGCGUCUCAUCCCGCUUCAACGAGGCUUUCCCAAUCAGUUCCUGGAUGGGAAAACAUGGAUGACAUGGACAUGAUGUUUGACUCCCAAGAGAUGUCACCACCAGCCAACCAAGAGUACGUUGAACGUAUCAAGAGAGCCCAAGAUGAUGCGACUCGCAUGCUCAAUCAGGCAGAAGAAUUUUUGGCCAGCCCUGGACCAGAGUGCUCUCCUGGCUUGCAAUCGUUGGACAACUACCCUCAAUUGUUUAUAAGACUUCUCAAUGGAUUGGCCGACAUACAUCGGGCGAGCAUGUCCGCCCACAUGGAAUACAAGGCGAAGAUGCAGAAAAUGAAAGUCGAAGAGGACAAUGCCCAAUUGAAGGUCUCUCUAGAACGAUUAAAUAAGGAGAAGGAGGAAUUGGAUCGAAGGGUUGAGGAGCUCAAUACAAGAGAGAGCGGCCAUAAAGAGGCUGCGGAAUUACGGGAGAAAGAUCUCGGUAUCAAAGAGGCUCAAUUGAAUGAACGAGAGAGGUGUUUGGAUGCGUCUUGGACUCAAACAUCCGCUCAAAUUGUAGAAGAUCUCAAGAGGAAGUCCGACGAGCUGGACGCUUCGUUCAAGAAGAAGUCGUCUCAAUUGCAAGAGAAGAUCAAGAAGAAGGAAGAAAGGUUGGACGAUGCAUUUGCAAAGCGGGCAAAGGAGUUGGAGGAGAAACAAGGGAAGGAUAGUCUCGUGGCUCAAAACAUGGAAAAGGUUUUGCAGAGCCUCAGCAGCUUGCAACUCGAUACAGAAGCUUCCAACAAGAGACAAGCCCAAAACGAAGAGAGACAAGCCCAACACAAAGAGAAUAUCAAAAAGAGGGAGUUGACAAUUGCGGAGAAAGAUGCCAUCAUCAAGGCGAAGGAUGUUACCUUGGCAGAAAAGGAUUCGGUCAUUGCCCAAAAGGACUCAAUAAUUUUCCCAAAAGACGCCGCAAUUGUCGAAAACAACAAGAAUAAAGAUUCUGCCAUCGCAUCGAAAGAUGUUAUCGUCCUAGAAAAAGAUAAAGCUUUGGCGGAAAAAGACUCGAUCAUUGCCCAAAAAGACGCCGCAAUUGCUCAAACCAAUAAGGAGAAGGAUUCUGCCACUGUUUCCAAGGAUAAACCUUUGGCAGAAAAGGAUUCGAUCAUUGCCCAAAAGGACAUUGUAAUUGCCGAAACCAACAAGGAGAGAGGUUCUGCCAUUACAUCAAAGGACGCCAUCAUCUCUGACAAAGAUAAAGCUUUGGCAGAAAAGGAUUCAACUAUCAAGGGAAAAGACUCAGUUAUCCAAGCAAAAGACGAAAUGAUUGUCAACUUGCAACAAGAAGUACACAAUGGGAAGCUCAAGGGGGAAGAAUACAAUGAGGCUCGCCGACUUUUGGAAGCCGCCAUAUUGGACCGCCACGAAAUCAAGCGUCAGCUUGAAAGGGCGGAACCUUUCGAGUCUCAAUGUCGCAAACUUUCUCAACAGAUCUCCAUACUCAAGGAGCAAUUGUUAAAGGCGCAGCUGGAUGUCGAGGCUGAGAUCAAGAGGGCAGAGGCAAAGGAUGCCAGGUUUGAGACGGCAAAGUAA